CAUUGUGCGGGCUGGGCGGCCGGGCCGCGGCGCGAUGGCCCCGGGGCAGCCGCCUCGGUAGCUCGGCCGGAGCGGCGCCGGGAGCUGGCGGGCGGCGGGCGCGGAGGCGGCGGCGCUGCCGGAGAUGCGCCCCGAGGAGGGCGGCGCGGCCGGGCUGGGCGAGCUGCGCUCGUGGUGGGAAGUGCCGGCCAUCGCGCACUUCUGCUCGCUCUUCCGCACGGCGUUCAGCCUGCCGGACUUCGAGAUUGAGGAGUUAGAAGCAGCUCUUCAUAGAGAUGACGUGGAGUUUAUCAGUGACCUGAUCGCGUGCCUACUUCAGGGCUGCUAUCAGCGAAGGGAUAUCACGCCUCAGACCUUCCACAGCUACCUGGAGGACAUCAUCAGCUACCGCUGGGAGCUGGAGGAAGGGAAGCCUAACCCCCUGAGGGAAGCCAGCUUCCAGGACCUGCCCCUUCGCACCCGUGUGGAAAUCCUCCACCGCCUCUGUGACUACCGGCUGGACGCAGACGAUGUCUUCGAUCUCCUCAAGGGCCUGGAUGCAGACAGUCUCCGUGUGGAACCGCUGGGUGAGGACAACUCCGGGGCCCUCUACUGGUAUUUCUAUGGGACACGAAUGUACAAGGAGGACCCAGUGCAAGGAAAAUCCAACGGAGAGCUCUCUCUGAGCAGGGAAACUGAAGGACAAAAAAAUGUCUCAAGUGUUCCUGGGAAAACAGGGAAAAGAAGAGGAAGACCCCCAAAACGGAAAAAACUGCAGGAGGAAACUCUAGUGAGUGAAAAGCAGGAAGAAAACUCCUUAGCAUCUGAGCCGCAGACAGGAAAUGGGUCCCAGGGGCCAGGCCAAGGCUCCUGGUGGCUCCUGUGCCAGACAGAAGAGGAGUGGAGACAGGUCACCGAGAGUUUCCGGGAGAGGACCUCCCUGCGAGAGCGGCAGCUCUACAAGCUCCUCAGCGAGGACUUCCUGCCCGAGAUCUGCAGCAUGAUUGCCCAGAAGGAGACCCCUGUGCUCGGCAGGAUAGAGAAACAGAAGCGCAGGGCGGAGGAGGAGGAGCGCCAGAUCCUCCUGGCGGUGCAGAAGAAGGAGCAGGAGCAGCUGCUGAAGGAGGAGAGGAAACGGGAGCUGGAGGAAAGGGUCAAGGCCGUGGAAGAUCGCGCCAAGAGAAGGAAGCUCAGGGAAGAGAGGGCCUGGCUGCUGGCUCAGGGCAAGGCGCUCCCGCCCGAGUUGUCCCACUUGGACCCUCCCUCCCCUCCGCGGGAAGAGAAGAGGACGAGAGACCUCUUUGAGCUGGACGAUGAUUUCACUGCCAUGUACAAAGUUCUGGACGUGGUGAAGGCUCACAAGGAUUCCUGGCCCUUUUUGGAACCAGUGGAUGAAUCGUAUGCCCCUAACUAUUACCAGAUUAUUAAGGUCCCCAUGGAUAUUUCAAGCAUGGAGAAGAAACUGAAUGGAGGUUUAUACUGUUCCAAGGAAGAGUUUGUGAAUGACAUGAAGACUAUGUUCAGGAACUGUCGAAAAUAUAACGGGGAAAGUAGCGAGUACACCAAGAUGUCGGACAACCUGGAGAGGUGCUUCCACCGUGCGAUGCUGAAGCAUUUUCCUGGUGAGGAUGGGGACACGGACGAAGAAUUCUGGGUCAGAGAGGAGGAGAAGCGGGAGAAGAGGCGUGGUCGGGCUGCACGCAGCCACGUGUGCACCCGCUCCCGGGACUCGGAGGCGCCUGGCCGGAAGCAGCAGCCUGCGGAGAACGGGGGGAAGUCGCUGCCCCCUGGGCGCCGCGCCGCAUCCUCUGCGGCCGGUGAGAGCAGCGGCUCUGCGCAGCUCCCUGGCGAGGUGGGCACCCCGAACAGCCGCAGCCUCCCUGGACCCCUGCAUUACGGCGGACCCAGCCAGGCGCCCCUCGCAAGCCAGCUGAGGCCAGCAGGACAGGGAACGUUUUGUCCUCUCCGAGGGUCGGAUCCUGCCACCAUCCGUGUCUCCUCUGGAGCCCCAGAGCCACACCCCGGCGGGCCUGGACAGCAUCCCCAGCCUUUAGCAGUGCAGCCUCCAGCUGGAAUUAACCAUCACCGAGGCCCGCCUGACGAGAAGCCGGUGUGUGGGGGCCUAGCGCCCCUUGCUGACAUGGGAUCGCGUCCUGGACCCUCGCUGCUCGGGCACAUGAGCAGCCCCAGCCAGGAGGGGACUAUGUAUCCUCCAGCUCAUUUCCAGCCAGGCUUUAUCCCUCCCAGGCACGGUGGGGCUCCGGCCCGCCCCCCAGCCUUUCCUGAGAGUUCAGAAAUCCCUCCCAGCCACAUGUACCGAUCCUACAAGUACCUGAGUCGAGUACACUCUGCAGUCUGGAAUGGGAAUCACGGUGCUACAAAUCCAGGACCCUUGGGGCCAGAUGAGAAGCCCCCCCUGGGGCCAGGACCCUCUCACCAGCCUCGUCUGGGUCACAUGAUAGAUUCCCGAGUGAUGAGAGCACCCCCCCUCCCCCCAAACCAGUGGCCAGAACAAUCAGGCUUCCUACCUCACGGAGUUCCUUCUUCGGGGUACAUGCGACCACCCUGUAAACCUGGUGGACAUCGGUUCCAGCCCCCUCCAGCACCAACGCAAGGUUCUCUCUUUGGAGCACCGGCCCAAGCCCUGCGGGGAAUGCAGGGCGGGGACUCCAUGCUGGACAGCCCAGAGAUGCUCGCCAUGCAGCAGCUCUCCUCGCGGGGGUGCCCGGCAGGCAUGCCUUACCGCCCCCGCCAACCCGUACCGACCCCUGCUCCGGGCCCUUUCCCCCCAGUGGGCGUGGCGGCCCCCAAGCCUGCCUCGGGGGACCCUGGGCGGACACAGGACAGCAGGGAAACACUGGAGCCUGAGAACGGCCGAGCAGAUCCCUUGCCUGGGCUCGAGGAGAAACCAGCCAGUGUUGGUGCUUUGGAGGGGGCGUUCCUCAAGCAGCUACCUCACCCCGCGCCCUCACUGCAGGCCGACUGUACCAGGCGGAGCUCGCCCCAGGGAAGGGAUUCGGAUGGCCCAGAGCUCAGGCACGAGUCCUCGGAGCCUGGAGACAGCUGCCCAGUGAGCGCGGGCAGGGGCGCCUGGCUCUCGGGGAGCGGCUUCGCAGGCCCAGCCGCCCAGGGGUGCGCCCUAGCUGACCCGGGGGCACUGCCUGAAAACGGACUGAGGGUGGAAGCCUCCCCGUGUGGGUCCGAGGGCAAGGGCAGAGCGCCACCAGAGGCCAUGCCACCCGCCGAGCCCACGUGCGCCCCCCUGUAUGCGCCUGGCCUGGAGUACCCCAGCUCCACCGCACGGUACCAUGUCGGCCCAGGCCUGCAGGCUGUGGGCCCCGUGAUGGGGGGCAAGCCCUCAGCCCCGCACCCUCAGCCUUUUCCCCCUCGGGCGUUUCCGUCCCACGACCCUCAUUCUGGAGUCUUCCCCCGGUACCGCCCCCACCAGGGAAUGAGGUACCCCUACCAGCCGCCACCUCAGCCUUCCUACCAUCACUACCCGCGGACUCCUUAUUACUCGUGUCCACAGGGCUUUUCAGACUGGCAGAGACACCUCCCUGCCCCGGGAAGCCCGAGCGGGCCCCCGCCGGCUCAGCCUGCCCCUGCCAGGCCCCUCUUCGUCGAUAAGAGCGUUGGGGCCGGGCUGCAGGGCUGCGAGGCACUGAGCACUGCCUUAAGUUCCCCCGCGCGGGUGGACGCCGUGGUCGCCAAGACAGCUGAUGGGCAGAAUCCCGGCCCAGAGGAGAAGCAGGAUGAGUCUAUGGAGAGGCCAGAGAGUCCCAAAGAAUUUUUAGAUCUGGACAACCACAAUGCAGCUACCAAGCGGCAGAGUUCACUGUCAGCCAGCGAGUAUCUCUACGGAACGCCCCCUGCACCGCUGAGCUCGGGGGUGGGCUUCGGUUCGUCUGCUUGCCCCCCGCACGGGGUGAUGCUGCACGCGGGGCCUCCUUACCCGCCGCAGCGGCCGGCCGGGCAUUUCCAGCCCAGGGCUUACUCCUCCCCCACGGCUGCUCACCCACCUCACCGCCCAGUGGUGGCCCAGCCCAAUGGCCUGUCCCCCGAGUGCCCCCUCUACCGCUAUCCAGAAGAGGGCCUGGGCCACUUCCAGGCUGUGAUGAUGGAACAGAUGGGCCCUGGAAGUGGGGUGAGGGUGCCUUUCCAGGAGAUGUACAGACCGUCCGGUCCGGAGGCCACUUCUGCUGUCAGAGUGCCCCAGACCCUGGAUUCUUCUCGUUGUUUUCUCAUGUUCAGAGUCACAUUGCACACCUUUGUCAGGAGUCCUGCACAGGUGGUGUCAGGCAUCUCUCACCCGCCACACUUGGAAGCACCUGUGUCAGUGUGCAGUGUUGAUCUCCUGGGUAGUCAAGGCAGGACUGCAGAUGCACCCGGCCCAGUCCCGGCCCUCGUUCCCAAAGACGCCGGCACCAGCAGCGCCACAGGAGGGGCUGCCACCACAUAAGCCCCCAACACUUCCUCUCGAUCAGAGCUAGUCCAAGGAGGAAACAAGCCCCAGGGAAACAGAAAGCUGCAUAUGACGAGGGUGGAGAAUGGGGAGGAGGGGGGCGCAGCCCCACCCACCUCUCCCGUCAUUGGC